UCCGGUCUGCGCCGGCCCCCAGCCUCCAGGGCGGCGGAGCCGGGAAGUGGGAGAGGGAGCGAAGGAGGCGGAGACUGCCGGAGCCCGCAGCCCGGCCGGGCUCCGAGGAGAGGGGCUGCAUGGAGCGGCCGGCGCGGCUCUGCGGGCUGUGGGCGCUGCUGCUCUGCGCCGGCGGCGGCGGCGGCGGCGGGGGCGCCGCGCCCACCGAAACUCAGCCGCCUGUGACAAAUUUGAGCGUUUCUGUUGAAAACCUCUGCACGGUCAUCUGGACAUGGGACCCUCCUGAGGGAGCCAGCCCGAAUUGCACCUUACGGUAUUUUAGUCAUUUUGACAACAAACAGGAUAAGAAAAUUGCUCCUGAAACCCAUCGUUCAAAAGAAGUGCCCCUGAACGAGAGGAUUUGUCUGCAAGUGGGAUCCCAGUGUAGCACCAAUGAAAGUGACAAUCCUAGCAUUUUGGUGGAAAAAUGCACCCCGCCCCCUGAAGGUGAUCCUGAGUCUGCUGUGACCGAGCUGCAGUGCGUUUGGCACAACCUGAGCUACAUGAAGUGUACUUGGCUCCCUGGAAGGAACACAAGUCCCGACACCAACUAUACUCUCUACUACUGGCACAGCAGCCUGGGAAAAAUUCUUCAAUGUGAAAACAUCUAUAGAGAAGGUCAACACAUUGGUUGUUCCUUUGCUUUGACUAAUUUGAAGGAUUCCAGUUUUGAACAACACAGCGUCCAAAUAGUGGUCAAGGAUAAUGCGGGGAAAAUUAGACCAUCCUUCAAUAUAGUGCCUUUAACUUCUCAUGUGAAACCUGAUCCCCCACAUAUUAAACGGCUCUUCUUCCAAAAUGGUAACUUGUACGUGCAAUGGAAGAAUCCACAGAAUUUUUAUAGCAGAUGCUUAUCUUAUCAAGUAGAAGUCAACAACAGCCAAACAGAGACGCAUGAUAUUUUCUACGUUGAAGAAGCCAAGUGUCAGAAUUCAGAAUUUGAGGGAAACCUGGAGGGUACAAUUUGCUUCAUGGUCCCCGGCAUCCUCCCCGACACUCUGAACACAGUGAGAAUCCGGGUGAGGACGAAUAAGCUGUGCUACGAGGACGACAGGCUGUGGAGCAACUGGAGCCAGGCGAUGAGCAUAGGUGAGAACACCGACCCCACGUUCUAUAUAACCAUGCUGCUCGCCACCCCGGUCAUCGUUGCGGGUGCCAUCAUAGUCCUCCUGCUUUAUCUCAAAAGGCUCAAGAUCAUUAUAUUCCCUCCAAUUCCUGAUCCUGGCAAGAUUUUUAAAGAAAUGUUUGGAGACCAGAAUGAUGACAGCCUGCACUGGAAGAAGUACGACAUCUAUGAGAAGCAAACCAAAGAAGAAACUGACUCUGUUGUGCUGAUAGAAAACCUGAAGAGAGCCUCUCAGUGAUGGGGCUAAUUUAUUUUACCCUUGGACGUGACGAUUCAUCCCACUCUCCAUUUGUUAUCUGGGAACGUGUUAAAAGGAAAGCGAAACUACUGGGCCAUUUAAAAACAGGCAGCUCGUAAGAGCCACGGUCUUCAUGUCAAGUCGUGCACUGAGAAACUAAACACAAGGGGCUCUUUGGCGAAGAGAGCGGAGUCAUUGUCGUUGAAUUAGAAAAGCAGACCUCCCUCGCGAAGGCUUCAAAGUAGGGGGCAAAGCAAACAGCGGUGAUGGCGGUAGAGUUCAUCUUAUCCAGAGUUGUGACGACUUCUGAGGGUUCUGUGCCUGCUUUGUACGCUUUGUGUCCAACCACACCGAUGCAUUUUAUGUGGGGGCGGGGGGAGGAAACUCAUUCUGGAUGCAGGCGCUAAUGCCAGACUUGAGUCACGGCGAGCAUCUAACCAAACGAACUUGAUGGAAUCUAUCACAAACGAAAUUGAUGAAACCUAUUAUCCGUUGUUCGGGAUCUCACGGCGUGUUCGUGGCUCUGUAAACCCUUAGCAGUCCGGACUCGUCAGCCCCCUGAGCAGCAGCUUGCCCCGCUUUGGAAGGCCCGGGCGUCAGUGUUGGCCACGAGCGUGGCCACUACAGCAAGAGCCUUUCAGAGCCGUGGCAGGCUUUUAAGGGCAGUGGAGGUCGAAUGCCUUAUUGGGCGUUGGGAUCUGCCCCAUGCCAUCUCUCAUGGUGUCUUGUUUCUUCUUCACCUCUGCUACUCCAGUCAAAUACUCCGCCUGUGUCCAGAUUGUGCUAGGCCCCCGGGUGGGAGGCACCACUCAAAGGGUUGACGGUCCAGUUGAGACGCCUCUCUUCUGACCCCUCUCUCUCCACCAGUCAUUUUCCAGAGCUUUCGGCUCCCUGGUUCCCGUACCCGUUUCCCCUGCCCCAUCGCCCCCCCCCCCCCCGUUCCCACCGUUGUGUCCUUCUGUCCCCUUUCGCUAGAAAUUAGAAUAUAAAGCUGCUCAGCACACCUAGAAGAGCAGGGAGGACUCUGCACCUCAGGUAAAGUGUGAGGCGACUAAGAAGCAAUGACUGAUUCUUGCAUGUUUUGUAUGUAACUUCUUGCAUGAGUCUGCGUUCGUUUGAAGGUUUUCAGCGCUUACUAUUUCUCUAUGCAUUUUUCUAAGCAGAAAGGAGGUAUUCUCCUCACUUAGAACUUCGCUGUUCGUAGGGGCGCCUGGGUGGCUGGGUCGGUCGAGCGUCCGCCUUCGGCUCAGGUCGUGAUCUCACAGCUGGUGAGUUCGAGCCUCGCGUCGGGCUCUGCGCUGACGGCUCGACCCUGGAGCCUGCUUCGCGUUCUGUGUCUCCCUCUCUCUCUGCCCCUAACCCACUCGCAUUCUGUCUCUGUCUCUCUCAAAACUAAAUAAACAUUAAAAAAAGAAAGAAAGAAAAAAAAAAGAACUUCGCCGUUCGCUUCAGAAGAGGAGAGUCCCGUCUUCCCCUUCCCCCGUGCUGCCCCAAGUGGUUACGAGUAGGUUUUGCAUCUUAUAUCGGUAGUUUCUGAGGCUCUAACAUUUGUAUCCAUUUUUGUUUGGGUUUUUUUUGGCCUACCAAGUGAGGGCUCCACCGGCGCCCAGGCCUACAACACAUGGACAGAGACGUUCCCCUCUGCUCCUCCUCCUUCCUCCAGGUUUAACGAAGCGUGGAAGUGAGGGGUCCCCCUCGCCCUCCCCCCCCCCCGCCCCCCAGUGUUUCUCACCUCAGGCACACGGACUCAGAUUCCUGGUAGGAACUUGAAAGCCCGACGACCACCAGUUCUGCAGACAUCCACCUGUUGGAUGCGGCCCAGGCGUCGUGACCGGUGCCGCUCCGGUGGGAGAUGCCCGCUCGCCGCAGGUUUGGGCGAGAGUGGCAGCCUGCCGGCCCUGGGGUGGAGGAGGGAUGUGCCCGGCCUUUCUGAGGAAAUCCCUCGCCAAGGGUAGAUGUCAACGGGUUUCCUCCCUGGGCUGCUUUUUUUUUUUUUUUUUUUGGAGGUCACAUUGGGGUGGGCGUAGUAGAUGUCCCCACUUCGUUCUCAGGUUCUCUGGCAAGGACACUUGGUUUCCCCGUGUAGGAGCGAGAUUAUUUCCUCGUCAAGUCUUUUGCAGUUUCUAGAAAGCAACACACCCACUAAAGGCCUCCCCGAAAGCCAUUUUUUCCCCUGGUUUUCUAUGUAGAUAGCAGCCAGGGGGAUGCCUUGGUAUUACGAGUCACCGAGGGGCUGCCGGUGUUGACGGUCACAGCCUGGAAGCGGGGAAGCUGUAUCCGGUGCCAUUCUCCUCUUUUAGCCGUAAGAUAGUCGAGGGAAAAGGGGGCAGCGAGUUCCGGGACUAGCUAGGGCCGUUCUAUAAUUCAGGAAAAGCGACCCCCAGGUCUGGGAGCGUGUGGGAAACUUUAAUACGUCAGUGGGAUUUCCAUCACCCGUAGGAAACUGGUAGGUUCGUUUGCUGUUUUAUGCCUCAACUCUAUGGAUUGUUUUUCUCCACAGACCUAAGUAAACCCACUGUAAGGAUGGUCAUUCUUAUUCUUUCAUUAAGUUGUUCCUUUAUCUGGGCACUGAAGGGAUACGUGAAACAACGUGAAGAAUAUUUUUUGGUAAUGCCUUCAAACUCGGGGUCAUCUUGUUUAACUUCUUAAUAGGAAAGCUUGAGUGAAAUAAAUAUUGUCUUUUUGUAUGUCA